UUCUCGUCCCUGUACGAGACCCUCGUCCAAGCCAUGGUCUCCCAGUUUCCGCUCAAUCUUUCGGGGAUAGUGUCCGUGUGGUUUGAGACGCUGUUGUACGGGAUGUAUUGCAGCCUGUUCUUUGAGGCUUGCUAUGUCAUCCUGAAGAAGCGGAGGAUCCAUAGUGUUCCCAACAAAGUUUUUUUUGGGUCAACCUUGGCCAUGUUUGCUAUCGCAACAGCACACAUUGCUAUCAACCUGUACCGUCUUCUGCGUGGAUAUGUUUGGCUAGCAGACGAUCCAGGACCUGCAGCUUACUUUGGUGACCUUACGCGGUGGGACAAUAUCGCACAUGAUGCUCUCAACGCGAUCAUGACUUGGAUCGGAGACUCAUUGGUGAUUUACCGGUGCUACCUGGUUUGGGAUCAAAAGAUUUACAUUGUGAUUUUGCCCAUUAUCCUCCUCAUAAUCAGCAUCAUUGCCAACAGCGUCGCCCUGCAUACUUUCGCCCACCUCGAACUCGGAACUAUAUUCUCCGCAUCCCUCGUCCAUUGGAUGUCCACCAUCUACGCCAUCGCCUUCGUUCAAAACACGAUGACUACUGGCCUGCUCGCAUGGCGCAUCUGGCGUGCAAACCGUGCUUCCCAGCAGCUCACGACUAAUGGAAAACGACAAGCCACACUCGUACCCGUCAUACGGAUUGUCGUCGAGUCUGCCAUGGUUUAUGAUAUGGAGGUCCUCGUCCUUAUCGUGCUCUACGCGCUGGGCCACAACGGCCAAUACGUCGCGCAGGAAGCGAUCGUCCCGACCGUUGGCAUAGUCUUCACUCUCAUCACGGUCCGCGUGGCAAUGCGGUCCUCGCCUCAACUCGCAACUACCCUUCGUCCAUCCGGUAUCGAUGGCGUGGGAGAUGGGACUUUGAAGUUUGCGUCCUCCAACACUAAUUCAUUCUCGCAGGAUGGGCUUGUCAGUACUCAUGGUGAUAUGGAGAAGGGGCAGGUGUCCCGUCUUGAGACUGACAGCACAGGAAGCUCUUUCGUGCCUGCUGUGGCCACGUUCGAUGUUGAAGAGGUCAAUAGCACCGAUGAUUAGAUAGAUGUUGUGUUCUUCGGUAGUGCGUGAAUGGGA